UGACUCCCAUAUCUGUCUUUCUAUCCAGCUUCUCAGUCUUAAUUUACCAUGGCUGGUAAAACUGGAACAGAACAUCUCUUUAAUGCAGCCACCGAAGUUGAGACAGCAGGAACGUUGUUGAGCAACAAGAUCAACAUCCCAGCACUCUUGCCCCAAGGCCCAGCUAAGGAAUGGCUGGAUCAGCGUCGGGCCACCAUUCGUCCCUGGGCCAACUUCCUGGACCAGAGGCGUUUUGCAAAGCCUCUGAAUUUUGGGGAACUGUGUAAACGCCUUGUCCGCAACGUGGAAUAUUUCCAGAGCAAUUAUGUCUUUGUCUUCCUAGGACUUAUCGUCUAUUGCCUCAUCACCUCACCUUUACUUUUGAUCGCGCUUGCUGUGUUCUUUGGGGCCUGUUACAUCAUGUACCUGAAGACCCAACAGUCCCAGCUCGUUGUGCUUGGGCGACAACUCAGCACAGCCCAUCAAUACAGUCUGGCCGGAGCUGUCUCUUUUCCUUUCUUCUGGCUGGCGGGCGCUGGCUCAGCUGUCUUUUGGGUGCUAGGUGAGUAAAAACAGGACAACUCCAUUCCGGGUGGACUGCCGUCAUCUG